AGACGAUCAUGGGAGACAUGGAGGAAGGUGCAAAUGUUCAACGACCACCUCUAUUGAGAGGACCAAACUAUAACUUUUGGAAAGGACGUAUGAGAGCGUUCUUGAAAUCACAAGGUGGUAGAGUAUGGAGAAUCAUAGAGACUGGAUGGACAGAGCCAACAGAAACAAAUGCAGAAGGUGUGAAAGUAAUCAAAACUUUUGAAAAAUACUCAAAGGAGGAAGCUCAAGCUGCUGAAUGCAACGACAGAGCCCUAAAUGCUUUAUUUGGGGCUGUUGACAGUUCACAAUAUAGACUCAUCUCAAACUGCACUGAGGCCAAGAAAGCUUGGGAGAUUCUUGAAACUACUCACGAAGGAGAUGAGAGAGUGAAAACAGCAAAAAUCCAGAUUCUCAUGACCAAAUAUGAGAGCUUGUGCAUGGAUGAAAAAGAAAGGAUAGCUGAUUUUCAUGGAAGAGUAAGGGAGCUGGCUAAUGAAGCUGAAAAUCUGAAGCGGCCCUUUACUGAAGACAGUUUAGUUUUGAAGGUGCUGAGAGCUCUACCAGAAUCCUAUGCUAUGGAUGCCAAAGCAAUUCGUCAGGCACAUGACAUCAAGAAUAUGACUCUAGAUCAACUCAUGGGGAAUCUAGAGACUAUCGAGUUGCAGAUGAAUGAAGAGCUCAAACGGAAAAAGAAUGAGAAGCCAAUUGCUUUUCACAGCCUGGCUGAUGAGGAUGACAAUGAAGAUGAUAUAGCCCAAGACGAGGACUUUCAGGAGCAACUGUCACUCUUCACUAGACAGUUCAAAAAGCAAUGGAUACAGAAGAGAAGGAAGAACAACUUCCAAGGUGAAUCAUCCAAAGGAAUACAAUUCAGAAAUACACGACCAAGGGAGAUAAGACCAUCAAUUGAUGACCUCAAGAAAAAGGGGCCUCAAUGCUUUGAAUGUGGUGGGUUUGGUCACAUUCAAUCUGAAUGUGCUAAUAAUCUCAAAAAGAAGAGGCAAACUUUCAUGUCAACAUGGAGUGAUGAUGAGGAAGAAACAGAAGAUGUCAUGGGGAAUAGCCAUUGUGCCUUUGUCACCCAGUACGAAGAAGAAAACACUGAGGAUGCUGCUGAACAACUCACAGUACUACAAGAAAAGUGGACAGAACUUCUUCUCGUCCAUAUGAAGAACAUCUUAGAAAAGAAUCAACUGGCUGUGGAAGUUGAGGAUCUCCGAAAGAAACUGGAUAAAGUCAACCAACAGCUGAUUCAAACUGAAGGAGAAAAGUCUGAUCUGAAAUAUGAACUCACUCAACUUAAAAGCUAUCAAAGGUGGAUGAAGAGUGCAGGGGCUGAAAAGAUCGAGGAGAUGGUGAGCUCAUCAAAAUUCUAUGGGGAUAGAUCUGGAAUUGGGCACACAUCAUCUGAAGGCAGCAAAACACCACUGGAUCUGUUCACCAGAGAAACAAGGAACAUCACCAAACAACCAGACACAAAGGAGCUGCCAGAAUGCAACCUGAGCAAGGGCAAAGAUAAAGUGUUUCAGCGUCCAGACUGUCAUAAAUUUGCACAAGCUCGAGCGAAGCAACAAACCAAACUUUUCUCAGAAGAAGACAAUAAGGCAUCGUCACCACUUCUAUCAGAUGAAAACUCUCAGCAAAAUCCUCCGCAUGCAGAAUCUCACGAAGCACAACUUGAUGAAGCACCUCUCAAACCAGAUCUGCCAACCGUGUUCUAUUUGGAAUACAAGGCAGACGCGUUAUCUCAAAGGAUGCAAUCUACUUCAGAUGAAAUUGGCAAAGCAGAUGAGAAAGACCGUUCAAAUUUCAAGCAACAGGAUGAGCCAUGCAAAGCCACAGCAAGUGAACCAUGCCAGACUGAAUUCGGUGGAGAUGAUGAGGAGUUUUUGAAUCUACUAGAAGAAGAACCCUUGAUGGCUGUCUCUGAAGUCCCAUUUGAAUCACAAGUCAGUACCCCACAGAAUCAGAAGUCAACAUCUAAGCCUUCAAUCUCCAAUCCAGUUCGCUGGUCCAAACGCAAACUGGAAUCUGAGAUCAAAACUCCGGAGGCACCGUUACCUCUUUCCAAAAAGGCCAAGAGCAGUGCCAAAAAUCUGAUUGAGAAGAAGCACAUCAUUUCCCAACGGAAUAUUGAUGUUGAUGAUUUUACACUGAAGACAAAUCUCAUACCUCUCUUGAAAGCAAGGAAGUUGCUGAGAUCUGUAACACUCCCUGGGUCCUAUGUUAAACAAGUAGUGCGUGAAUUCUACUGCAACUUAAAUGAAAGCUUUAUUCACUCUACUGAUGAGAACUUUGAGAAAGUAUUUGUGCGAGGGAAGUACUAUGAUUUCUCUCCUGCUGCAGUUAAUGAAUUCUUGGGUGUGAAUGAUGAACUAGAUGUACAAAUUGGGGAAGCUACAAUGUGGAAGGAACUGACACAUGGUGCCAGGAACAGCCAACAAUCCACAAACAAAGUUCCUUCAUCCAUUCUCAACACCUCUUACUCAAUUCUCUUGCGUGUUGCAGCAUGUCACUGGCUUGCAACCACUCAUACAAACACUGUCACCAAGGCCAUGGGAAUGCUUCUCUACAAAAUCAAAAAUGGUGUCCCAAUCAACCUGGGAAAGCUGAUUGGAUUCGUCAAAGUUGCUGCUGACAAGGAGGAGCCACCAGAGCCACUACUGCAGAUUGACUAUAGGCAUUUUGAAGGAAACCAUUUCAAUGACAUGGAGUCCACUCAAAGCUCUGCUCAGCAAGGAGUGUCAGCUGUGAUACAAUAUCUGGAUGACAAGCUUGAAGCAAACAGGGAAGAGAUGAGGAUGACACUGGCCAAACAGUCAGCACUUGAGGAGGAACACAAGCAUCUCACCUGGCUUAGAGAAGUUGUGACUGACAGUGCUGCAACAACAGAGGGAGAAUCUGCUCAAGGGGAGAGCUCUCAGGAAGAGGAGGAGGAGGAUGAACUAUCAGCAUAAGUGUUUUAUCUUCAUUACUCAUUUGCAUCUCAGAACUUGACAUUAUUUUGGUGGGGUUGUUCUGCCCUUGUUUCUGGUUUUAAACUUUAUGCUUUACUAUUUCUACUAUGACUGCUGUCAAACGUGUCUUUGGGAUUUUGAACCUGG